GACCACGUCGCCGGAAUGGGGGGAGCCAUCCGAGCCCAGCGGUUCCUAGCCGUUUAUUUUUUUUUUUCAUUUCAUUACCCCAGCCGUUUGUUUUUGCCUCACCAAAUCGACGCGAGUGGCGGUGGGCGCGCGAGCGGCGAGCCAAGCCCUCCCUCCUUCCCUCCCAGUUCGCGCACCCCGCAGCUAGCUACUCAUGCCGCUGGCUGCUCUUCUCCUGGUCGCCGCCGCGGCCGGCGCCGCUCCGCCGCGCGCUCGCGGGGGCCGGACAGGGGCGCGCCGCGGCUGUGGGGUGCGCCUGCGCGCCAGAGCGGCGGCUGGGGAGGCCGCGCCGGCGCCUUCCAGGACCCAGGUGAGCCGCGGGGCCGAAAUGCGGUGAUAAUGGAGAAGAUCUCUAGUGGUGAAGAAGUUGGGGGUGCUGGAGGGGCAUACUCAUACAGUGCACUGAAAAGAUUGGAUCAAAUAUGGUCUAGUAUAUGUGGACCACAAGUAGAUUCGAACGUCCCUGAAGUUGUUACUCGGGUUCAAGGGCCGUUGGUUGAUUCUAAUCUUGGUGCUGGUUCAGAGAUAUUUGAUGUAAUAGUGUGUGGUGGCACAUUAGGUAUAUUUGUGGCUACUGCCCUCAGUUCUAAAGGCCUUCGGGUUGGAAUUAUCGAAAGCAACAUAAUCAAAGGGAGGGAACAAGAGUGGAAUAUUUCAAGAAAGGAGCUUAUGGAAAUUGUGGAGAUUGGCAUCCUUUCUGAAGCAGAGCUUGAACAGAUUAUUUCAAGUGAUUUCAAUCCUAAUAGAUGCGGAUUUGAGGAUAAAGGUGACAUUUGGGUGGAGAACAUUCUUAAUCUUGGUAUUUCGCCUGCUAAACUUGUUGAAACCAUGAAAGAACGCUUUAUUUCUUCAGGAGGAGCCAUAUUCGAAGGGAAGAGUCUAUCAAGCAUUUAUGUCUAUGAUGAUCGUGCAGUUCUAAAACUGAGUGAUGGUGAUUCCUUGCCUUGCCGACUUGUUGUUGAUGCUAUGGGUAAUUUUUCUCCAAUUGUGCGGCAGAUCCGGUCUGGUAGAAAACCAGAUGGAAUGUGCCUUGUUGUUGGUGCUUGUGCUCGUGGAUUUGAAAAAAAUACAACAAGUGAUAUUAUUUUCAGUAGCUCAUCAGUAAAUAGAGCUGGAAAUUCAGGAGUACAACUCUUCUGGGAGGCAUUUCCUGCUGGUUCUGGUCCCAAUGAUCGUACUACGUACAUGUUCACUUAUGUUGAUCCAAAAUUUGGGGGCCCUAAGCUAGAAGAACUUUUGGAAGUGUUUUGGAAGCUUAUGCCUGCUUACCAGGAUGUAGUUCUUGAAAAUCUGGAUAUAAAGAGAGUUAUAUUUGGAAUUUUCCCAACUUACCGGGAUAGCCCCUUACCAGCUGCAUUUGACCGCAUCUUACAGGUUGGUGAUGCUAGUGGAAUACAGUCACCUGUUUCAUUUGGAGGUUUUGGAAGCUUGACGAGGCAUCUUGGUCGUUUGUCAAAUGGUAUAUAUGAAGCAGUUGAAGGUGAUUUCCUGGAUGCACAUAGUUUGCGGCUGCUGAACCCUUACAUGCCAAAUUUAAGUGCAUCAUGGCUGUUUCAACGAGCGAUGUCAGUAAGGCCGCAUGUCGAUGUGUCACCAACCUUUAUUAAUGAGCUUCUCUUUGCUAAUUUUCAGUCAAUGCAGAAGCUUGGGGAUUCUGUACUCCGGCCAUUUCUCCAGGACGUGAUACAAUUUGGACCUCUGGUGAAAACGUUGGGUCUAGUAAUGCUCGAUCGGCCACAAAUUCUCCCUUCAAUAUUUAAGCAGGUUGGACUUGGAGUCAUCCUUGAAUGGUCAGGCCAUUUUCUGAUGCUUGGUUACUACACUUUCCUUUCUACCUUCAUCGAUCCAGUCACGAGGUACAAUGGAUGGCAUCUCUCUAGUGUCAAAAUCCACACUUCUGUACUGUCUAACAUUCUGGCAUGCUUGCUAUUUUCAAAACAUUUUGAAGAACUUGGGUCGAAUCCUUGCCUCCAAGAGACAAAUAUCAAUGGAAACGGUAUCUUGAAGCAUGGAGAUAUGGAGCUGGUUUAGAUUAUCGUCAAGGGGAAUAAACAGCUUCAUUGUAAAGAACUCAGGUCUCCCUUAGGAAAACAAGAAACGUGUAUAGAUAAAUCUCCAUGUGUACAGCUUUCCGUUAGAGGAAAACAUUUUGAGAACAGAACAGACAGAAUCACUGAUUGAUUAAGUCUGUUUUUCACUUGUAACUUACUACUUAGCUGAACUCCUGAAGUGAAUAUGUGUUGUCCAUAUCAUUUUUCCAAUAAUGCUGAAUCAAGCUCAGUGUGGUUUGAUAUGUGUUGAAUAAUGUA